AUGUCACUCAUCCCGCAACCACAUUCGGUGACCCUUCACGAUGGCCAUGUCGAGCUUCCCAGUCUGGAACACGUCGUGGCUGAGGUUGACCCCUCGCUGCCAUCCGAAGGUUACACACUAGAUGUCUCGACAGCCUCGGGAGUCCAUAUCAAGGGCGGAUCAGAGGUUGGCAUCUUCUACGGCAAACAGACCCUUCGGCAACUCCUCCCGGCGUCUGCGCUACGGAAAGCUGGUGCUUCUACCAAGGGACCGUGGAAGCUGCAGGCCCAGCGUAUCUCAGAUGCACCGUCGUCAGGUCUGCGCUGGAGAGGAUGUAUGCUGGAUGUGGCACGACAUUUUAUGCCCGUUCCGGAUGUGCUGCGAUUCAUUGAGUUGUUGACUUUCCACAAGCUCAACAUUCUGCAUUUCCAUCUUACGGAUGACCAGGGCUGGCGGAUUGAUAUCCCUGCUUGGCCACGACUCACGACGGUGGGAGCCUAUCGUGCGAGAUCCAUGCAAGGCUCAAGACAGCACCAGAUUUAUGAUGCAAGGCCGCAUGGGGGUUUCUACUCGGCGAAUGAUCUACGUGAAAUAGUUGCAUUCGCAGCAGAGAGGCACAUCACUGUUAUUCCCGAGGUGAAUAUGCCGGGACAUAUGCAGGCUGCCAUCGCAUCCUACCCAGAGUUGGGAAAUACGGAUGUCGAGGGCCGAGAUCAGCAUGUCCUGGUGCGUGAUUCCUGGGGCAUCUCGAAGCAAGUGCUCAACGUGUCAGACUCGACGCUAGACUUUUGCCGCUCGGUACUAGACUUUGUGUGCGACAUCUUCCCAUCCAAGACGAUUGGCAUUGGUGGCGAUGAAGUCCCGUACGACGAAUGGAAGAACAGUCCCGCAGCACAGUCUCGCAUGAAGCAGCUGGGCUUGGCUACCGAGUCAGCCCUCCAAGGAUGGUUCAUGGAACAAAUGGCAGUCCACCUCGCCAACCGUGGCAGACACGCCUACGCAUGGGACGAAAUCAUGGCCGGUUACACUGGUCCCGUUGAUUCCGUACAGAUUGCCGCGUGGAGAGGACCCGGACCGACAGCCAUAGCCGCUCAACGUGGUUUCGACGUCGUGACCUGCCCAGACGUGAAUGCCUACCUCGACUACCGCCAGUCAGAUGAGCCAGGGGAGCCAACCCCCGUGGGAACGCUGCUGACACUAAAGGACAUCUACACCUUCCACCCUGUGCCGGAGACGCUGAAGCCCGAAGAGGCGGCUCACGUUGUCGGCGCCCAGGUCAACGUGUGGACGGAACACAUGGAGAGCGCACGCCGUGUAGAGUACAUGGUGUUUCCUAGACUGUGCGCCUUUGCUGAGGUAGUUUGGGGAAGUGGCGGUGGCAGCGAUGGCUUUGAUGGGUUCUGCAAGAGGCUUGAGGACCAGCACUUUGGGAGACUGGAAGCACUUGGUGUUAAUUAUCGGCCGCAUACGGGACCACGGCCGUGGGAUGGACGGCCUGAUGCGCCUGGGAAACCGGAGUCGAGGGCUGAGCGCCUUGCGCAUAUUGAUGAGAUAACUGCUGAUCUGCAUAGGAAGCAGGCUUAA